AUGAAAUUGUGGCUUUGGUUGCUUUCAAUAAAUCAAUUCGUCUAUUUGUCGCUCUCAACGAUAUCGGAAUUAAAUAACUCCGAUCCCAAAUUUAGUGGACCUAUAAAUAAUGUAACGACGCCGGUUGGACGUGAUGCGACUCUCACUUGCAUCGUUCACGACUUGAUGUCUUUUAAGCUAGCUUGGUUAAGAGUCGACACCCAAACCAUUCUCAGCAUACAAAACCAUGUCAUCACGAAGAACCAUCGCAUAGGCAUUAGUCACACAGAGCAUCGUAUCUGGCAGCUGCGUAUAAGGGAUGUACGCGAAUCAGAUCGAGGCUGGUAUAUGUGUCAGAUAAAUACCGAUCCAAUGAAAAGCCAAGUCGGCUAUCUGGAUGUGGUCGUGCCACCCGACAUAAUUGACUACCAAACCAGCCACGACAUGAUUGUGCAGGAGGGGCAAAACGUGACUCUAAUAUGCACUGCAACAGGCUUGCCAACACCCACGGUCACUUGGCGUCGUGAACGCGAUGUUCCAUUAUUACAGACUGCCGAUGGAACUGACAUUUACAGCAUUGACGGUAUGAAUUUGACGCUGUGGCAAGUGACAAGAGAAAGCAUGGGCGCAUAUUUGUGUAUAGCUUCGAAUGGUAUACCGCCGACUGUGAGCAAACGGGUCCUAAUUGCUGUUAAUUUUGCACCUACCGUUUGGACGCGCUACGACACCAUAUAUGCUGGUUUCGGUCAAAAAGUUACCCUAGAGUGCAUUUCCGAAGCUCACCCUACGACCGUCAAUUUAUGGUUGAAAGGCAAGGAAUUUGUUCAGAGCGGCACCUAUGAGUCCGUUACUUUGGAUAAUGUUUUCAGGAUUGUUAUGCGGUUGACUAUACGUCCUGUAGUUUCAAAAGAUUUUGGGGAUUAUCACUGUGUGGCGAAAAAUGCGAUGGGUGAGUCGGAACGCAUCAUAUCUGUUAGACACAAAUCCAAGAAAAGCCUCCAUCAUACACACGAACUGGACGGAAAAGACAAUCACUUGAUUUUAAUUGAAGAAUACACCUCUCUUGCAACAUCAGCAUCCUUACAUGUCAGCAAAAUUUUAAUAUUUUUAACAAUCACCUUUUGGAAACUGUAAUGGAUUUAUAUACA